CAAGCUGGGACGACCUCAAAACCCCGUGAAACGGCCUUGUGACUCCGUGGGACGGCCUCAUAACCCCGCUGGACGGCCUCGUGACCCCGCGGGAUGGCCUUGUGACCCCGUGGGAUUGCCUUGUGACCCCGUGGGUUGGCCUCGUGACCCAGUGGGACGGCCUCGUGACUCCAUUGGAUGGCCUCAUGACUGUAUGGGAUGGCCUUGUGGCUCCAUGGAAUGAUUAUGGACCGGAUGAACUUGGACCGGAUGAACAUGGACCGGAUGACCAUGGAUCGGAUGAAUUUGGACCAGAUGAACAUGGACCAGAUGAACAUGGACCGGAUGAACCUAGACCCAAUGAACAUGGACCGGAUGAACAUGGACCCAAUAAACAUGGACCCAAUAAACAUGGACCCAAUGAACAGGGACCCAAUGAACAGGGACCCAAUGAACAUGGAUCGGAUGAACAUGUGUUCCGUCCCGACAUUGAUUCCCCCACUGGACGGGAUGAACAACAUGGAUCUGAUGAACAUGGAUCGGAUGAAUAUAGAUCGGAUGAACAUGGAUCGGAUGAACAUGGACCCAAUGAACAUGAAUUCGUGA